UGUGUUUUUGAGAGUUAAUUUUUUAAUUUUAUGGCUUCAUCAACAUCUUCACAGAAACAUCCAAGCUCAGAAGAAAAUGCUUUUGAUGCAAUGGACAAAUUUAUAAAUGAAAGUGGCUGCGCUGAUUUCCAUUACAAAUUGCAGGUAUAAGUACUUUUAAUAUUGCAUCAAAACUUCCCGUCUGUGAAAUAUUUAGAGCGAUUUCCAUUUACAUAAGAAUUAUUAUUUGUUAUCUUCAAUCAUACAUCAUGGAUUUGAAUAUACCUUUGCCGAGCGCUGCGCCUUCUGAAGCGCUCUUUUCAAAUUUCAUCGCCGAAGUGAAAGAAAUUGAAAAAAGAGACUCCGUGUUUACUCCUAAACAACAGAUAGAUCGUCUUUUACGUCCAGGAAGUACGUAUUUUAAUUUGAAUCCUUUUGAAGUUCUCCAGAUAGAACCAGAAUCAUCAACAGAUGAUAUAAAAAAGCAAUAUCGCCGUUUGUCAAUACUUGUACAUCCCGAUAAAAAUCCGGAUGAUAGAGAGAGAGCCCAGCAAGCAUUUGAUAUUGUCAAUAAAGCAUAUAAGAUCUUAGAAGAUGAAGCUCAACGUGCCAAAGCUUUGGAAAUAGUAGAGGAAGCAAAAGGGCGCACAGAUAUGAUGAUUGAAGAAAAAAGAAAAAAACAGAAGAAAGCUGGGAAAGGUUCAAAAGUUGAAGAAGAUGAUCCAGUUAAAUAUAAACAUGCUGUUUAUGUUUUGACAAUGAAAUUGUUUGCUGAUUUAGAGCGAAAACGACGACAGACAGAGGAACGAAAUAUGGAAGAGAGAAAAAGAAAAAGAGAAACAGAAAUUGAGGAAGAGGAAAAAAAGAAAAUUGAUAAGGAAUGGCAAAAGAAUUAUGAAGAAAGUCGAGAUAACAGAAUCAACAGUUGGAAAACAUUCCAAACUAAUAGCAAAUCUAAAAAGAAAGUUAAAGAAUUUCGCCCUCCUAAACACAAAGCUGAAACUCGGAAAGAAAGUUUUAUAACUUUUAAUAACAUAUUUAAAAUGAAGAAAGCAGAUAAAAAUAUUUCAAACGUUUUGCUUCAAAUGAAAAAGAUUCCGAAACAAGUGAAAGAACAGCUAAAACCUCUCGUUCAAAAACUUUUAGCUAAAUGCUCAAGUGCAAAAGCUCUAACUAAGAAAGCAGAAUGGGAUGAAAUGGUGGAAAUUUUUGAAACUUUAGAAGCUAUCCAGAAUCUAGAAAAGAAUUACAAGAUUCCUUUCCCAGACAGAAAAAAUAAUUGGGAAAGAUUUUAUGAAUGGUGUGAGGAAAAUGGAGCAGAUUUCAGUUCUAUUGAGAUACAAGACAUAAAAGAAGGCAAUUAUGGAACACUUGCUAAAAGAGAUAUAAAAGAAAAUGAAGCAUUUUUAAAAGUACCUAGAAAAAUCAUGAUGUCUGAAAUUUCUGCAAAAAAAUCUCGAUUAGCACCACUAAUUUCUUCUGAUCCCAUAUUACAACACAUGCCAAAUGUUCAAGUUGCAAUGCAUCUUUUGACUGAAUUAUUAGAUCCAAAGUCAUUCUGGUUGCCUUAUAUCUCCAUUUUGCCUUCAAGUUAUUCUACCAUUCUUUACUUCACUUUAAAUGAAAUAAAGGAAUUACAGAAAUCACCUGUGAUAGAUGAAGUGUUCAAAUUAAUUCGUAGUGUAAUUAGACAGUACUGCUAUUUUUUUCAGCUUUUUCAGCGGGAUUCUUAUGCAAAAUCCCUUAAUAUUGGACAGUACUUCACAUAUGAUCUCUAUCGGUGGGCUGUUUCAUGUGCUAUGACAAGACAAAAUAUUUUGCCUGAUUAUGAUGGAAAGCAGCAAGUUACAACUUUGGUUCCUCUAUUUGACAUGUGUAAUCAUUCUAAUGGAAGGCUAUCCACAGAUUUUGAUGUGGAGAAUGACGCAUUAAUAUCUUAUACUUUUAAAUCAUUUUCUCUAGGUGAAGAGGUGUUCAUGUUCUAUGGUCCCAGAACUAAUGCUGAAUUUAUGGUACAUAAUGGAUUUGUAUAUCCUGAGAAUGAAAAUGAUGCUAUUGAAAUUAAAUUAGGUAUUAGCAAAAAUGACCCUCUUCAUAAUCAGAAAAAUGAGCUAUGUAACAAACUAAAAGUUUCUAUUAAUGGGCCAUUUUAUCUUUACAAAGAAAAAUGUGUUAAUGAAGAACUUCUUGCAUUUCUAGAAAUAAAUGUGAUGAAUUUGGGUGAGUUGGAACGUGUUUUAAAUGAAAAAGAAGAUAGUACAAAUCUACUUUCUGAAGAAUUUUCUGAUCUCAAGGGAAGAGCUUUUUCUUUUUUGAAAGAUAGAGUGAAUCUUUUAUUAAAAGCAUAUGGAACAACAUUAGAGGAAGAUGAAGAUCUAUUAAAGCAGGAUAUUUUCGAGUCCGACCAUCAUCGUUUAGCUGUGCAGCUACGGAUCUGUGAAAAGCAAAUUCUAUCAGCUGCCUAUGAAUAUUGCAUUAAAAAAAUAUCAUAACUUGUUAUUUUUAUUUUCAUAAUGUUUUUUUUUGUAUGCUAAAAUUUUUAGUGUUGUACUUAAAAAUGUUUCAUGAUAUCAACAUUUGAUUUAUUUUUCCUUUGCAGUUUUGUUUUAAUGAUCUAUGUUACAUUAUUAUUUAUUUUGAAUAUUAAUUGCUUAUAUUUGAUAUAAAUUUUUUGUUAUUUAUAUAACUUUCAAUGAUUGAAAUGAUUUUCAGCAAACAUUAAUAUUUGCUUCAUAUUUAAAAAAAAUUAUUGCAUUUAUUAUUUGUCUAUAUUACUGAGCAAGAGAAGUACAUUUUUGCAGAUAUAUUAUUUGCAUAUUUGGUACAGUUAAACCAAAUUAUAUUGUUAUUUAUUCAGAAUUAUAUGCUUGUUACAUUGUUUUGUAUCAUGUUCACAAGUUAAAUUUGAUAAUUCAAAACCGAUUUACAGAAUGAGAAAGCCAAAUAUUAUGAUUGAACCUCUUUAUGGUAGAAAUGAAUUUUAAAAUGUAGAAAUGACUUUUUUAAUAUCAUAUAUCAAAUGCAUGGGAAAGUAAUGAAAUAAUCAUAAAAUCUUCAGUAACAUAUAAAUCAUUAUUUCAAAUUGAAAUGAUCUUUUUCUAUAUUUUCCCAUUUCCAUUAUACUAAUAGUAUAAUUUAUAAUUUACUUUGAACUUUAAAAGUGGUUUUAAUCACUUUAUUGCAUUUAUU